UGUCAGGCCGACCCUCCGAUCAUGGAGGAUGUUGAUCUGUAACCAGCAGCAAACUUUCUUCACUCUCUCACUGAACCUGCUUCAUUAACCAGCCUCGGAUUCACAGGUUGCCAGAUCCUCUGCCAUGAACUCCCCCUAAACAAUUGACAUGUGUUGGUAAAAUGGCUGCUGAGCUGUUUCCUGCUAAAGAACUGCCCAUCAACACUGGCACCGCUGUACAACAGUACCAACAGCAGAACGUCAGCAACAACAACACCAUUCAAGGAUGUAACUGGCAAGGCUUGUAUCCCACAAUCAGAGAGCGGAACGCAAUCAUGUUCAACAACGAGCAGAUGGCCGAUAUUCACUUUGUGGUUGGACCUCCCGGGGGAACCCAGAGAUUGCCGGGACACAAGUAUGUGCUGGCUGUGGGAAGUUCUGUAUUUCAUGCCAUGUUCUAUGGAGAGCUGGCUGAAGAUAAAGAUGAGAUCCGGAUCCCUGAUGUGGAACCAGCUUCCUUCCUGGCCAUGCUGAAGUAUAUUUACUGUGAUGAGAUUGACCUGUGUGCAGACACCGUACUCGCCACACUUUAUGCUGCCAAAAAGUACAUCAUUCCACACUUGGCUCGUGCUUGCGUCAACUUCUUGGAGACCAGCCUGAGCGCUCGCAAUGCCUGCGUCCUGCUGUCUCAAAGCUGCCUGUUCGAAGAGCCCGAUCUCACACAGCGAUGUUGGGAGGUUAUCGACGCGCAGGCAGAACUCGCCCUCCGAUCGGAGGGAUUCUGCGACAUCGAUGUUCAGACCUUGGAGAGCAUCCUGCGGCGGGAGACACUCAAUGCCAAAGAGAUGGUAGUGUUUGAUGCGGCAUUGAGCUGGGCGGAAGCCGAGUGUAAUCGACAAGAACUACAGCCAACGAUCGAGAAUAAGCGGCUUGUUUUGGGAAAGGCCAUCUACUUGAUUCGGAUCCCGGCAAUGGCGCUAGAUGAUUUCGCCAAUGGUGUGGCGCAAUCCGGCGUGCUGACGCUCAACGAAACCAACAGUAUUUUCUUGUGGUACACAGCGGCGAAGAAACCCGAGCUCAAGUUCAUCUGUAAACCACGGAAAGGUUUAACGCCGCAAAAGUGUCACCGGUUCCAGUCUUGCGCGUAUCGUAGCAAUCAGUGGCGAUACCGUGGACGCUGUGACAGCAUCCAGUUUGCUGUGGACAAACGUGUCUUUAUUGCUGGGUUCGGGCUGUACGGUUCCAGCUGUGGUUCGGCCGAGUACCAGGCCAAGAUUGAGCUGAAACGGCAAGGCGUGCCGCUCGGCCUCGCCAUCAUCAAAUACUUCUCCGACGGUUCCAGUAACACAUUCCCCGUGUUCUUCGAGCACCCGGUGCAGAUAGAACCGGACACGUUCUACACUGCGAGCGUGGUUCUGGAUGGGAACGAGUUGAGUUAUUUUGGGCAGGAGGGGAUGACGGAGGUGCAGUGUGGAAAAGUGACCUUUCAGUUCCAGUGCUCGUCGGACAGUACCAACGGGACAGGUGUGCAGGGGGGGCAGAUCCCAGAACUCAUCUUUUAUGCCUGAGAGAGAAUAUGGAGCGUCCUGGUUGUAAACGAACAGCGUAGAUAAGAAACUGAUAUUUUUUGUUUCUUAAUAAGUGCUGCUAACAUUUUGCACAAAGGCUGCAAAAAGAGAGAAUAAUAAAGAUUAUAGUACACUGACAA